AUGCAGGGCGGUGCUGCAUGCGCGGAACAACGUGAUAUACCCACAUACAAGGAACGCCGUGGAACAACGCUUAUUCCGAAUUGUAGUCUGACACGUAGAAGAGAGAAUAUUGAAAAGAAGGCAGACACGAGGGCGGCAAGCUCCAUCAUCCAGGAGAAAGCCUCCACCCUCCCAGCCCGGCUCCGGAGAGGUGGAGGAUGCAAGAUUAGUACUGUAUGGCAUGGGAGCAAUGUGUCGUCAACUGCGUCUACAUGGAACUGUCCGCCAGUCCACCACUCCGCCACUCCGCCACUCCGCCACUCCGCGUUCUGCAUCGACGGAUGUGAUCUGUCGAUGCUCUACCAGCAAGGCGCUGACGAUCUUGACCUCCAUCGGGCCAGCAGCUCGGGGUCAGCCACAAUGCUGUCACUUCGGCGGGCGUGGCUUGUUAAGGAUGCAGAUGACCCCUCCAUCUUUUCAGCGUUUGGGAAGAAGCAAGCCGCUCAAACCUUCGCUCCCGCCGCUGGAUGUCGGCUCGCCGUUAUUAAUCCCCAUCCCCAGAAGCAAAACGUACCUGUAAGACAGGUGGUGAGCAGAGCAGGCUCUCGAAACAAGGGGUGGGCCAAUCGUCGGCUGCGAGUCUGCGACGGAGUCUUUUCGCUUGGAAACGACGGAGAGGGCAAAUUUCUCGACAGAACUACUCUGGAGAUGAAAGCAAGUUUCUUGGAUGCUUCGCACGCAAUACGAGCCCCCUCGGAGCAUCGUGUUUCAACACCUGGUCGAAAUCCUUCAAUUGGGCCAUUGGAAUGUUUCGAGAAAAAGAAUACCGCAAAUCUUAUCAGGCAUCCAUCUUCAAUAUCAGAUCCUUCUUUCCUUCCACCAUUUCGUACAGUGUCAAAUCACCACUUGGCUGAAGGUCAUGGGAGAACGCCAGGAAAUGGGGUCCUGGGUCAAAAGGGCCGUUGGCGGGCCCUGAUACGCGCUCGGAGAUCUCUCACGCGAGAUGCAGGGGCUCCAUGCAACUUCAGUCCCGAGGUGGAGAGGAUCGUCGUGCCUUCUCGACUACUCUUGCCCACCGAAGAAUCCACGAUGCGCUCACUUCCCGGAGAGGAGAAUCUUGAAUCUGGACUUGUCAUGGCAUCUGCGGCUGAAUGGCUGACUCCUGAUCUACCGGGGAAAGAUUUUGAUAUCAUCGGCGUCUCCAGCUGAGCGCUGCCUCGAAAACUUCGAGCUUGAGUGGUUGUCGGCAUCUGCCCCGCAAAUUGAGAAAUUUCCUGGGGGUGCCGCAACUGCAGCAAGAGAACAACUCAUUGGAAAGGAUUUUAAGUGGCCAAUCUUGGGGAAAGAUCUAAACUUCUGAAUGAUCACUUCUUUUGGCUUGUGGCUCGGAUCUCUUCAACCUUUGAUUACAUGCACCAGCAGCGCCUCCAACGAACCUUCUUUCAAACCUUAAAGGCUUUGUGUCAGACUCCUGAUACGUAGUAGCGUACUACAGAACUCUUGUCAUAGCAAAUGCGAGAUGCUGAUGGUGUGCAUCUUCAAUUGAGUGAUU